AUGUCCUACUUGCUGGGAGACGACUAUGCGAGCAGCAGCAGCAGCAGCGAGAGCGAGAGCGAGGGAGAAACGAGCACAGGGAUCCGCGAAAGGAAGACACAAGUGGGAGACGAUGCAGAUCAAGAGAAGAAGCCCGUCACGCAACGGUUGCCGUCAGCAGACAGCGUCUUGUCCGCAGUGUCCGCGUCCACAGCCUCUUUCCUGCCACCGAAUCGCUGUGUCAAGCUCCAGAGCAGUGUCGAGUCGUUCGAUUUGACGGCUGAGCAGCGUCCAAGGUGUCAACUGCAAGAGAAAAAGGAGGAGCGUCAGCAGUGGGGGCAAGAAGAGAUCGAGUGCGUCGCAGAUCGAGGCAGGAACGACCGGAAACGGCUUCGGCCAACGGAGGAACCUGCGACUCGAGAGCCAUUUGUGACGCGUGGGAAGAAAGAUGCCAAGGAGCGAGUGAAAAACCAACGAGUAAAAGGCCAGGCAGGUAUCGGUCCGGAUUUCCGAAGCUGGAAGUCAGAGACGGAGAUGGCAUUGCGCCAACAGUUCGACUGA